UUCCUCUCCACCAAACUCAUUCUCUUCUUACUUAUACAAGAAAAAAAUGAGAACAAUGGUAGAUUUGGGAAGAGAAAGAAGCAGCAACCUACGAAUCAUUGAUUCUCCGACGAACGUUGAUUGUGCCCGUGAAGUCGGCCUCCGACGCAGAACCCUCCGUUCACUCAUCGAGUGUUUAAUCCCAUAUUGUUGCACUUACCAAUCUCCUCCAUCCGAGCAAAACGACACCGUCUCUAUUUGUUCCUCCGAAAAAACCGGUGUACUCGUCACCACCGGAACUUUCUUCGGUCACCGCCGUGGCCACGUCAGCUUCUGCCUCCAAGACGACACUCGUCCGUCCUCUCCGCCUCUCCUCCUCCUCGAGCUAGCCGUUCCCACGGCGGCUCUCGCUCGGGAGAUGGAGGAAGGAUAUCUCCGUAUCGCUCUCCGGAGCAAAAGCAACGUCCGGUCUAAUAUCUUGGACGUUCCGGUUUGGUCUAUGUACUGCAACGGAAGGAAAGUUGGGUUCGCGAUGAGGAGAGAGAUGAAUGAAAACGACGUCGGGUUUCUCCGGAUGAUGAAGUCCGUUUCCGUUGGCGCAGGGGUGAUUCCUAACGGCGAGACGUUGUAUUUGAGGGCCAAGUUCGAGCGAGUCACUGGCUCGAGUGACUCGGAAGCGUUUCAUAUGGUAAACUCAGGGGGUAGUGAUCAUGGUCAGGAGCUUAGCAUUUUUCUUUUCAGAUCGUGAAAGUUGUGAUUAUGAAAAAUGUAGUGUUAUGAUGUUAGUCUCUUAUAUUCUUCGGUUUGUGUGUAUAUUGAAACUUUUGGUUUUUUACAAAUAGUGUUUACGAAUAUUAUAA